CGAUUCCUUGAUACCCUUGGGACAACUCUAUACUUGUUCUCCAUCCACAUCCUCCCACUACUACCAUCACCAUGACCAACGACGCCUCCACCACCAACGGCUCUGCUGCCGCUCCCGCGACCACCUUUGCCCUCAAGGCUGGUCUCGCCCAGAUGCUCAAGGGCGGCGUCAUCAUGGACGUCACCAACGCCGAGCAGGCCCGCAUCGCCGAAGAAGCUGGUGCUUGCGCCGUCAUGGCCCUCGAGCGAGUCCCCGCUGAUAUCCGCAAGGACGGCGGCGUUGCUCGCAUGUCCGACCCUGCCAUGAUCAAGGAGAUCCAGGACGCCGUCACCAUCCCCGUCAUGGCCAAGGCCCGUAUCGGCCACUUCGUCGAGUGUCAGAUCCUCGAGGCCCUGGGCGUGGACUACAUCGACGAGUCCGAGGUCCUGACACCCGCUGAUGACGAGAGCCACGUCGAGAAGAGCCCCUUUGGCGUGCCCUUUGUCUGCGGCUGCCGCAACCUGGGCGAGGCCCUGCGCCGUAUUGCUGAGGGCGCUGCCAUGAUCCGAACCAAGGGCGAGGCCGGCACCGGUGACGUUGUCGAGGCUGUCCGCCACAUGAAGACUGUCAACAGGGACAUUGCCCAGGCCAAGGCUGCUCUUGCCGAGGGCGGCAUUGUUCGUCUCCGCGAGCUUGCUCGUAAGCUCGAGGUUGACGUUGAGCUGCUGCGCCAGACUGCCGAGCUGGGCCGUCUCCCCGUCGUCAACUUCGCCGCCGGUGGUGUUGCCACCCCUGCCGAUGCUGCUCUCAUGAUGCAGCUGGGCUGUGACGGUGUCUUCGUCGGCAGCGGCAUCUUCAAGUCUGGCGACCCUGCCAAGCGAGCCAAGGCCAUCGUCCGCGCUGUCACCCACUUCCGUGACCCCAAGGUCCUUGCCGAGUGCAGCACCGGACUCGGUGAGGCCAUGGUCGGCAUCAACUGCGACACCAUGAAGCCCGAGGAGAAGCUUGCCGGCCGCGGCUGGUAAGCAGCAUGUAUAUGAUUUAGCAAGGGAAAAAAAGAGGAGGAAAAGCAAAUAUGGGAUAUGAAAAGAAGAGACAGAGGAGGAAAAGACUGGCACAGGGCCUCAAAAAUGUAUCUUAUUCUACUGUUGGACUUGGCGUUGUGGACUUUUGUCGCUUUGGGUGGCACUUAGCAUGCUGAACAUCAAAAUUCUGAGAAUGCUGUUAGGAUAUGUAACACAGUGAGGAUAUACAGCAUAGCACGAAAUCUUCAUUUACUUUUUUAU